ACGAAAUGCUGUGCGUACAAGCGACACGACCAUAGCGUGGAAUUAGUGGGAGAAGUGAUUUCUGACAUCUACUUCGACCUUCCCAGAAUUAACUACAAGUCAACGGGAAAGAAUAUUCCUACGCCUACGGAGUGGAGUUGCACACAAGGGGAGUGGAGUUCUGUAGUCUGGUUAAGAUGAACGUGAAAAUAGGAGAGACGAAACGAUGGGAAAGCGGAGAGAAGAUAGUCAGCGAAUCAGUGUUCGUAGCGGCACCGGACGCAGCCGAUGAAGAUCAGGGAGUUGUUCUCUCCGCUCUCAUUGAUAAGCUCAGCCCCAAGUACACGGCCCUCCUGGUUCUCGACGCUAGGUCAUGGACGGAAAGAGGACGGGUGGAGUUCGAGGCCAAGGGCGUGGUGCCUUCGACGUUCCACGGAAUGUUCGCCCGAGAGGAGGAGCCCUUUCAUCGAUACUGAAGUCUCGGCGUUGGUCAAAGGGGCAUUUUUACAUUGUAGCUUCAUUCUAUUUGUUUUAGUUUCUGAUGUACAUACAUGCAUACACACACAUAUACAUAUAUACAUAUUUAUAUAUGUAUGUGUAUAAUUUAUAUACAAAUGCACAUGUAUGUGAUUAUUACGUGGCCUGUAUUUCAGUACCAAUUAAUUUGAUAUGUAAACUUACUGCAUUUUUAAAGUCUCUUGUAUAUUAAAUACUUUCAUACUACGUAGAAUGCUUAUGUUUACACACACA